AUGACCAAUUUGAAUUUAUUGAUCUUUUUACUGCCUUUUUUAAUAAAAAUAACUACAGGCGAAGAUGUUUUGGAUCAAAUUCCAACGGUUGCAAAAGCUCCCGACAAAUUCAAAGUACAUUUUUUGGAAGCCAACUCUACGUACGAUUUUAAGCCAACAAAACGUGGUUUCUUUGAAAAACAUUUAAACACCUACUGCUAUGCUGGAGAAUCGAAAACAUUGGGACGUCUCUUAGAGUCAAUUGAACUGGUUUUGGAAAUCGAAGGAGAUGAUUAUACUCAAUAUGAAGGCACAACGCCACAAGAAGUUGAGGAACACUACAAUGAUCAUCGUUCGCUUUUCAGUUUUAAUUUAUUCUCCCAGAAACGUUCCCGCCUCUCCCUUUCACCCUUCAUGCAACAGUGUAUUGGCAUUGAAACGGUACAACCGUAUAAAGUCCAUCUAUUCCACGAAAAAGUGGAUUAUGUACGACUAAUGUUGUUGCUCAGUGGUAUCGCGAUAUUCCUCUUCUCCGGUAUUCUAAGUACAAAUGCAAUUUUUUACUAUAUGACAGGAAUUAUUAUUGGCAUUUGUUCGUCAUUUCUGUUACUAAUAUGGCUGUCGGGGAAGUUGAUGCCAAGACGUGCCAUGAUGUAUGGCGUAUUAAUUGGUGGAUGGACCGUGGGUAUUUAUGUCAUUCGCAUGCUUUGGGAUAAUAUACAAAUGAUCAUGAUGACCUAUCAUAAUUAUGUAUGCUGGUACAUCAUAAUCACUGGUCUCAUAUCGUUCUUCUUGUGCUAUCGUUGGGGUCCACCGAAAAAUCGUCGCUCGAAGAAUAUUAUCAAAUGGCUGCUUCAACUAAUGUCUUUGGCUUUGAUAUAUUUCUCAAGUAAUUUCAAGGAAGCCAUUAUAGCUGUUAUACUCAUGACCAUUAUUUUAUAUUACUUUCCACGUGUCCUGCGUAAUAUAAUGUGUUUCAGAGGCAAAAAAUCAUCGUCAUCAGGGAUGAUGGACAAAAAGGAUAUACGACAUCAUGGUAGUGGCAGUUAUGUUAAGUCCAAAGAAUUGAGAGAUGAUUGCAAAGAGUGGCGUAUAAAUAGUCCACAAACUAAAGAGUGGAAGAUUAAAUCCAAAUCCCGACCAUCAAUGAAUAGUUCACACGCUUCGCGCUCUACUUUCCAAUUGGGUGGUGAUGACCACGCUUUGGACAAUUCCAACUCAAAUGCUGAUGAAAAUCAAUCUGAAUCCGAUAUCAGUUUCAAUGAAAAUAAUAUAUCCAAACAAAAGUUGUAUCCCCUGCCAGAUGGUUCUUUCAUAUUGAGUGAUAAACGACCAAUUAUUAUAACACCGCGUCAAGCAACACCAUCAUAUCAUCGUUCGUCGCCAAUGGUCGCAUCAGAUGCUGGAGAACACGAUGAUGAUGGUGGUGAAAGGGAUUUAACGCCAAAACUGCACCAGCAUAUGCCAUUGCCGGCACAUACACGUCGUCUAACGGCCGCUUUAUCGUGCCAGGAAUUGUUUGUGAAAAAUCGUCGCAAUACACCAUCGCCAUCUCAAUUCCAACGUUCCAGUAGCGCUCAACGUAGUGUUCAAUCUCGAUCAUCUCGUAUGGUAUCAUCGGCUAAAAAGUUACACGGCAGUAAUCCAAAAAUAAAAGUUUCCAAAGCUGAGACUGAUGAAAGUGAGGGUUAA